CCGGUUUGACUCGUGACCGGAAGCGGAAGUUAGUCCCUUCUAGGAAUGGUGUUCGGUCUAGCGCGGAGUUCGUUGCGGUGCCUGGGCUUCGCUCGUUCUCUGGCGCGAUGGCGGAAGCCGAAGUCUACGCGGCGCCUGUUCUGCAGCCAGCCGGGCCUUCAGGACCUCUUCGCGCUGCCGGCGCUCCAACGCUUCCUGGAUCAGCAGCAGGAGGAGGAGCAAAGGCAGGAGGCAGGGGCGCGCCGCGGAGGUUCGGCGCUGGCUGCUCUGGCCCGCCGCCUGCGGAGGAAGGAGGAGGAGCUGGGCGACACCGAGCGCCUGGCCCGGGAAGAUGAAAAUGAAGAUUUGCGAAAACUUGCAGAAACAGAAAUUGUCUUUUGUCAGGAAGAGAUAGCAGAGUUGAAACGUCAGAUAAUGCUGCAUUUAAUCCCUUCAGAAGAAACAGAUGAAAGUGAUCUUAUAAUGGAAGUGACUUCUGGAGUUGGAGGGCAAGAAGCAAUGCUAUUUACAGCAGAGAUGUUUGAUAUGUAUCAACAAUAUGCUGCAUAUAAAAACUGGAAUUUUGACAUUUUGGAAUAUGCACCCAGUGACAUAGGUGGAUUGAGAUACGCAUCUGCCGCAAUAGCAGGCCAUGAAGCCUAUAGGCAAAUGAAGUUUGAAGGAGGAGUGCAUCGUGUUCAGCGAGUACCUAAAACAGAGAAGCAAGGUCGCAUUCAUACCAGCACAAUGACUGUAGCAAUAUUGCCACAACCAAAUGAGAUAAACCUGACAAUUAAUCCUAAAGAGUUACGUAUUGAAACUAAACGAGCCAGUGGAGCUGGUGGUCAACAUGUAAAUACCACUGAUAGUGCUGUACGCAUAUUACAUAUUCCCACAGGUGUGGUGUCUGAAUGUCAACAAGAACGGUCUCAAAUAAAAAAUAAAGCAAAGGCUAUUCAGAUCCUUCGUGCCAAACUGUACAAUAUGAAGCUUGAAGAUGAGUCAAGGAAGAGAGAAACUGCCAGAAAGAUUCAGACUGGCACCAAAGGAAGAUCUGAGAAAAUCAGAACCUACAACUUCCCCCAGGAUCGGGUCACUGACCAUAGAAUAAGUAGAUCAGUACAUCAUAUCGAACAAUUCAUGUUGGGGGAAGAACUUCUAGAUGAAAUGAUACAAGCCCUGGGAGAAUAUGCUGACUUUGAGGCUGUGAUGGAAGUUAUUUCGGAAAGUGAUCUAACUAGGCUAAGGUGACCUAGCUCUUGUCCUGCACAACAGGUAUGAAAAUGCACCCAAGCUCUAUUUCUGCAUUGUACUGUUUGAAACUAUCUGAUUUUGCAGUAAAAUAGUUACAAUUACAUUACAAUUAUUCCCAAGUCGCUGUUUGAAGGGGGACGUUUAUUCUGAAAGAAAAAUACUGUUUAAGCUGCAAGAUGUUAAACAGAUCAGUGCUUUAAAAUAAUUCUGGUUUCCACUUCUGAAUCAGCAGUGGCACUGCAUCUUUCAAAGACUGGUGGAAAAUCAAGAAUUUGUCAACUUUCAAAUGCUUAUUCUUCAUAAUUAAAAACAAAUCUAGACAUAUUAUCAUGUGAAUCAGAGAGUUCCUUCUGUUUACAGAAGGCUAUUGAUACAGUGAGGGGAUCCUAAGAGUUGUUACUGACUAUCUUCUCUUCCCUUGUUCUGGGUAAUGUCCCAACUAAACACAUCUGAUUUUGAGAAAGCAUAAGGGGACUGCAAGAGGAGGCGGAAGCUUAAAACAAUUAGUUACCCCUUCUCAUAUCAGUGAGAAUGUCUUUUUGGCAAAAGUUAAGUUCCAUCCAUAUUCAGGGCAAUAACAAUGCUGAGGGCAGACUUAGGUAGUAAAAGUAUAGAUUUUGACCCAGGGUUAAAUCAAGGGUCAUUAUAGAGGGGAGAGUACCAAUGCUGCCUCAGAAGGGCCUGCUGAUCUGCUGACAUUUGCUAACCCAGGCUACCAAGAAAGUUUGAUAUAAUGCUAAAUAUUUAUUCUGUUGUUUUUCUUGUGUCUUUGCUGCUAUUUUUCUCCCAUGAUGGACUAACCUCCUUCCCUGCUAGGGUGCUCAGAGUGGGGAAGUUUAUUCAUGCCUAAAAUAAUGAAGAAUCCCUCUUCUCACUCCUGCAAUGUUUCAUAAAUAUCUAAAGAACUAUUCAUAAUUCUUUACAAAGUUUGAAAACUUGUGCAAUGAUUUACAAUAUUUAGAAAAAUGGAGAUGACCUUGAGAGAUUUGUUAAUUUAAGUGUGCUUCCAUAAUACUCUGAACCCACCCCCUUUUUUUCUGCUAGCAGGAUCAAAGAGUAGAUCCAUGUUGAUGGUGUUAUUUGAAUGUCCCAAAGCUAAUAAACACUUCAAAACA